UCUUGUAGGAACAGGGAUGGGACCACGUGGCACAGCCGCGGUGGCUAUGGGACUGUGGGUCUUUGUGACGGCGGUCUUCGCGUUGGACCCUGAAGACGUGGUGGUGCCCGGUCGCUGCGUCCUCUCUCACUACCGCUCCCUGGACCCUCAGGCGCUGGUGGCCGUCAAGGCGCUGAGGGACCACUAUGAGGAAGAGACGCUGAGCUGGAGGCCACGCAACUGCUCGUUCCGCUUGAGGAGGGACCCUCCGCCGCCAUCGUCCUGUGCGCGGCUCCGCCUGGUGGCCCGCGGCCUCGCCGACGCCCAGGCGGUGCUGAGCAGCCUGCCGAGCCCCGAGCUGUUCCCCGGCGUCGGCCCGACCCUGGAGCUGCUGGCGGCCGCGCGGCGGGACGUGGCGGCCUGUCUGGAGCUGGUCCAGCCAGGCUCCGGGAGGAAGUCCCUGCGGCCGCCCAGGAGGCGUCACAGAGCUGACUCGCCUCGGUGCCACGAAGCCACCGUCAUCUUCAACCUGCUGCGGCUUCUCGCGUGGGACCUGCGGCUGGUGGCGCAUUCGGGGCCUUGUCUGUGACCCCGCCGCGGCUGCGCGGGGACCCGAAGCUCUGAGGAUGCCUGGCUGCGGGCGCGGCCCUGCUGCAUUGCCCAGAGGACCAGGCGGAUCUUUCAGUCUCCCUGCCUGCGCCAGUGCCAGAAGCGCCCUUUUCCCAAGGACCAGAAGGAGUUCCCCUCAAGCAGUGACAUUCACGUGGGAUGCAUUGCCUUACGAUAUUCCAGAGCCGGGCCUGGCAGGCAAAGAAUGCAGUCCGUGUCUGCCUUGUCACUGACCACCUCUUACCUGGAGCAGUUUCUACUUCUGUGGUUCCAGGAACCCCUUGUCCCAUGAUAGGUUCCAACCCCAGCUUGGAACCUUCGGUGGCCGCUUUGAGAUGCCGUGAAUAUGGGACGCUUUCCACUGGGGAGGGGCUGCAUAGUGAAAGGGCCCAAAGUCCUUCUGUUCAGUGGCUUUUGAAUUCCGUUACUUGCAUGUGUGUUGUUCUUGUGAAGUUCCUAUGUAUAUCUGCUAUUCUGUCUUCUGAUGUUAAUUUAUUGCCAGUUAUUAAAUAUUUUUUGUA